AUGUUCCCUCGAGUUCUGUUCCCAGCAUGUCGCUCGUCUCCUCCUGCUCCUGUCCUAUUCUCCUGCCAGUCCUUCGCGGUUGCGCUCGUCCAUGAAAGCACUCCCCGUCUCAGUUCCUCAGUUCAGAAACGGUACAGUGAACAGACUGAGGAAAAACUUGAGGAGACCCGCAUGUACUGGAAGAGGCAUUGUCGGUACAUUGGCGUUGACCCAGUGAAGCAUUGGCGAUGGAUCUCAGACUCAGAUGAGACAGUUUGUUUCCUCUACGCAUUCUUCAGCUGGCGGUGCGACAUCCGUCGUGGCAAGAAUGGUCGACACUGCCCAGGCAUCCAGUACAAGAGCUCACUCGAGACCUUUUGGAAGUCGUGGCAUAUGGUUCUCAAACAGGAGACCAACUCAGGACUGAGCAAAGCUACAAUUGUCAAGAUAGAUGAUGUUAUUGCCCUUGUGGCUGAACAGAAAGGCCUCGAGCUCAUCCGGAAACCAAAGAAGAACAUGUAUAUUGAAGAUGUGGCUGAGUUCGCACGUGUUCUCCUAACCACCACUGAGAUGACAUUCAUCUGCGGCUGGCAACGCAUUCAAAUGCUUUUCUUCGUGCAGCUUGCGGCCAUCACUGCCAGCCGCCCAGGGGCGCUCCUCCACCUUCGCUAUCGGGACAUAAUGUUAUCGCUGAUCCGAGAUCCGGAGGGCGGGCGCCCUCGAUUAUUCAUAUUCUUAAAGCCGGACUUUACAAAGAGGUUCCUAGGGAAGAAGGCUCCGAACGAGUUUAAGAUUCCGGAAAUCAUUUUCGAUCCCACUCUGAUUCUCAGUCCGCAUGUCUGUCUGCUCAGUAUGCUCUUUCACAUUGACGGCUUCAAGAAAAUUUCAACAACUGGACCAGUGCUGGAUUCUGCGGAAAAACUGUACAGUCUCACAGUGCUGGAGGGCAAGGGACAGCAGGGGUUGCGAUUAAAAGAUGAAUUGCUGGAUAAGUUUGUGUUUUGCCAGCAUCCACUGUCAUCCCGGAUGCGCCGAUGUGGUGAGAUCACAGGCUUUGAGGAGAUCGCCCACCCGUACAAUCUUCGAUAUGCUGGGGCCAAGGCCUUCAACAGCAGUGAAGAGGUCACGGAUGCUCUACAGAAUGUCAUACUCCAGCACUCAGAUAUCCGUACCUUCGUCCGACAUUAUGAGGUGGAUGUUGAUGUUGAUGUACAGGGCAUCGUCCGUAAAACAGGUUCCCAAACACCAUUGGUUCGAUUUGCUUGUUCAAUGAGCGCAUCUAUUGACCCGAAUCGACCGUAUAAGCUCUCCGCAGAAGAAUCUCGGUCCAUCAAUCUCCUCCCAGAGGUUCUCGCGCGGCAAGAUACAGUCAAUAAGCGCAAGCAGGAGUGGGAAGAUUGCAAAGCCAGGCUAGAACGUGCCAAUACAGCAUUUCAAGCCCAUUUUGGCCAUCUUAACAAAGAAGAGCUUUCCAAGAACCAUUCCCAACUACUGGGGAAGCUGGAAAAUCUCCAGGAUCGGACAAUGGACGCUAAACAUAAGUACAACAGAGCAGUCCGCGAACUGCGUAAUGAGAAGCAACGACAGCGGAACCGACUCAUCCGAGCAAAUCUGAAGCGCUAUCGAGAUGAGCAGCCUGUGAUUGACGUUGAACGGCAGCUGGCCGGGAAGCUAGUGGAUACCAAGGUCAUGGAAACACUGGAGCACAAGAGCUUCAUGCCUCCAGAGCAUCUGAUCAUGGUUGAUGCCAUCCUGUCCAUGCCAGGCGCCACCGUUGAAGCAGAGUAUCAGCGCCGGAUCAACGCGAUCAACGCAAUGGCCGCAUUCUGCCGCAUUGAAGAGGGACGGCCAACACUCCGACCAACCCCAUCCCGCCGCCGGGCCGUACCUGAUGGCGAUGACCCUUGCCCUCCCGCCAAACGGCAACGGCGCUCAGUGGAGGAUGACACUGAGAUUCUUCUACGCCAAGCGAUGGAAGCUGUCGGAUCAAGUCUCAAGGCGACCGGCCACAGGUCUGCUUUCUCUGUGUUGGAAACCCCAAUCUGUCGCUGA